CGGGCAUGGUGCUGCCCCCUGCCCUACUGCUAACCCGGGGCUGGGGCCCGAGGCCGGCCUGACCUUGCCCCUGCUCCCCCCAGGUGCCAGGAUGUCGGACAUGACCCAGGCGCAGGGCGCUGAGCGUGGUGGCAACCCCAGGGCCGGGGGCCAGGCCAGCGCCGGGGCAGCCUUGGACCGUGGCCCUGAGCCGGAGGGUUCAGACGAGGCCGGGGCGCGCUACUUGUGCGCGGUGUGCGGCCGGGGCUUCUCGCAGAGCUCCACGCUGAUCGUGCGCCGGCGCUCGCACGCGGGGGAGCGCCCCUACGCCUGCAAGGACUGCGGCCGCCCCGUCGCCCAGAGCUCGGGGCUGUACAAGCACCGGCGCAGCGUGCACACCGGCAAGCGCUAGCACCCCUGCCCCGGCUGCAGCCACCGCUUUGGCAAGCGCUCCAACCUGGCCGUGCACUGGCGCAGCGUGCAAAUGGGCGAGCGCCCCUUCUGCUUCCUCGCCUGCCCCAAGGCCUUCACCCGCCACGCCGAACUGGCCGUGCAGGGCCGCACCCACACGGGCGAGCAGCCCUACCGCUGCCCCGACUGCCCCAAGGCCUUCAGCGCCGGUUCCAACCUGGCCCAGCACCGCUGCACGCACCAGCCCGACCGGCCCUACCGCUGCGCCCAGUGUGGCAAGGGCUUUCCCGGCAGCUCGGAGCUGCUGCGGCAUGGGCGCAGCCAUACCGGAGAGCACCGCUACUGCUGCGCUGUGUGCGGGGAUGCCUUUGCCCGCAGCACCGUGCACCGGCACCACCAGUGCACCCACCUGGAGGAGUCGCCCUACCGCUGCGGGGACUGCGGCCGCAGCUUCACCCAGAGCUCCGACCUGGUGGUGCACGGCGGCACCCACACUGGCGAGCGGCCCUACCGCUGCCCCGACUGCCCCAAGGCCUUCACCCAGAGCUCCCACUUGGCCACCCACUGGCGCAGCCACACCAGCGAGCGCCUGUACCGCUGCCCCGACUGCCCCGAGGCCUUCGCCCAGAGCUCGGCGCUCACCGUGCACCGCCGCACGCACACCGGCGAAAAGCCCUACGUCUGCACCCAGUGCAGCAAGUGCUUCCACCGCAGCUCCAACCUCAUCCGCCACCAGCGCACCCGCACAGCCGAGCGCCCCUACCGGUGCCCGCAGUGUGGCCACGGCCUCCACCGUCGCUCCAACGUGGUGGUGCACUAGCGUGUCCACGCUGGGGGCCAGGGGCGCCAGGCUGGCGAGGACCCGGCCCACUGCAGAGGUGCCGACCCUGUAGCCCUACGUACCCCCGUACCGGCGGAGACGGGGACUUGGGAAUCUCCGCGCUGUGUUGCGAGGACAGAGGACCCUGUAGCCCCCUUGGCCUUGCGAGGAGCCCUCCGAGACGGGGGACUGUAACAUCCUCAGCAAUCUCAUCCUCUCUCCAGCCCUGCAGCCGUGCCCUGCUCCACGUGUACCGGGCAUCGGCGUCUCUGACAAAUUGGAUGCUCCUCAAAGGGAAGUGAAGCGGGGACUCCCAAGUGCCCAUACGUGGCAACAGCCACAGUCAGAAAGAUCCAGGGGUUGGGCGCUGAUGCUGGGGAGAUUCCAGCUGCAAGUAAGGGAUCGCAAAGUAAUCGCAGGAGCGAGUGGUCCAGGGGAAGCGGUG